GACGUAGUUGGACUGGACUGGUAGAAUAGCUGUGCCAACUAGCAAGCGAAGCUAGUAUGGCGACUGGCAUGAUUUUGUAUGUUUUUAUAGAGCUCCCGACGUCGUACCUGCAUCCAAUUCCAGGUCAUCAGCAGUGUCUUUAAAGCUUUAAAGUGAUCCGGGGCAGGUUGCCAUUAUAUUGACUUGUUGCCAGUUUACAGUUUUGGCCAAAGUAUUGGCACCCCUGCAAUUCUGUCAGAUAAUGCUCACACUGGGCCCUACGUUAUGUUGCAAUAUUUAUUGAGUUCAUGAUGCCAUCACACAGUCAAGCAGUCCAGUGCCAGAGGCAGCAAAGAAACCCCAAUACAUCGGACCAUGUUUUUUUUUUCUUUGAAGGCCUUUUAUUCCCCUGUAAACUCUAUGUGGAUGCCUUUUCCCAAAAAGCUCUACUUUUCUCUUCCAAAACGUUUUUGACUUUCUCAGUUUCAGAGUACGAUUGUGAUCUCGAAGAACGAAGCAGUCCGAAAAAGAAGAGAAUGGCUGGUUCCUGCGUGGCCACUCAAGGAAAAUGAAGAUUAUACGCAAAAGAAGUUCAUAGCCAAGAUCAGAUCCGAUUAUGAUACUGACAUGGACAUCACCUACGCACUAGAGGGCGUCGGUGCCACUCAGUACCCCUUCAACGUCUUUGUGGUGGACCCAAAAACGGGACUCAUUCGCGUCACCCAAGUGCUGGACCGGGAGGUCAUCGAUACAUACAAUCUGGUGGCCACCGCCAGAUUCAACGACGGCACCGACGCGGAGAAAAGAAUCCCGGUCAAAAUAAAGGUGCUGGACGAGAACGACAACGCGCCGCGGUUUGAAGACGUGGAGCCGGUAGACGUUUAUGAACGCAGCCCUGCGGGUACGCCCGUCACUAGAGUCACCGCGACAGACGCCGACGAAGCGGGCACCGUCAACUCUCAGCUUCACUACACCAUGGUGAAGCAGACCCCCCCUCACGACGUGUUUCGUAUGAACGGCGACGGAAACAUCUAUGUGGACCAAUCAACUCUGGACAGAGAGAGGGCAGACCGGUACUUUUUGACAGUGAAAGCUCAGGAUCUCAACGGCGACCCCGAUGGACUGACUGGGACGACUACGUUGACUAUCAAUGUGCUGGACGUCAACGAUAACCUUCUGACCCUCGAAAAAGACAUGUACGAGGGAAGCAUCGUGGAGAACACGCAGGGUGUCGAGGUCAUGAGGAUCAAAGCUCAAGAUCUGGACCUGGAGGACACGGAAAACUGGGAGAGUGUUUUCGAUAUCGUCCAAGGCAACGAGGCCAAAUACUUCAGCAUAAAAACGGACCCGAAGACCAACCAGGGUGUCCUCAUGCUUGACAAGCCUGUGGAUUACGAGGACGUGAAGGACCUGGUUCUUGGACUAAAUGUGAGGAACAAAGCUCCGCUUCAUGAAGGACUUGAAGAUGGAUCGACGUAUAAAACCUACCCGGUCAAAAUCAAUGUGCAGAACCAGCGCGAGGGUCCAUAUUUUGACCCUAAGGUCAAGGUGAUCGCCAUGUCAGAGGGAGGCGACACCGUUCGCGUUAACGACGUAAUUGAGCGCUACCCGGCACUAGAUGGCGACACUGGGAAACCAGCGGAGAAAGUCAAGUAUCUGAAAAGUUCAGAUCCCGAUAACUGGCUCACAAUCGACCCGGAAACAGCUGACAUCAAACUGAACAAGAUGCCUGACCGAGAGUCCCCUUUCUUGGUGAAUGGGACAUACUACACUAAAAUACUCUGCGUUUCAGAAGAAGACCCUUCGACCACCGCCACUGGAACCGUGGCCAUCCAGGUGGAAGACUUCAACGACCACUAUCCCACUCUGUCCAACGCCAUGCAGACCCUCUGCGUUCCCGACGACGCUGUCAUCGUGACGGCUAUCGACCAAGACGAUUUCCCUAACGGAGCUCCUUUCACAUUUGAAGUCCUCCCAGAGGGCACGCAGGAAAAAUGGAAGGUGGAGCGUCUCAAUGAUACUGCAGCUAUCCUGAGGGCUCAAAACACCUUGUGGCCCGGCUUUCACCAAGUGGAAUUAAUAGUGAGGGACCAGCAGGGGGAGGCGAGCCCGGAACCGCAAAAAAUGACGGUCCGGGUGUGCACCUGUGAGGACGGAGCGAUUUGUCCCGGUAAAAAAACUGAGUUGGGACCGGCGGGAAUCGGACUACUGCUACUAGGCCUGCUGCUGCUUCUGCUGGUUCCCCUGCUGCUGCUUUUUUGCCGAUGCGGCGGCCACGCUGGUCUCUCAAGCGGCGCGACAGACUUCCCCUUCGAAACCAAGUCCCACCUGGUCAACUACUGCACCGAAGGCCAGGGGGAAAACGCGGAGGUGCCGCUGACCCUGGUGCCGACGCAGAUCGCCGUCACAGACGUUAGCCAGCAAGCUAACCGACCGUUAUUUUUGGACGCCUUGGAUGGAAACAUGGAGGGGUCGUGGGAGAGGAGGCGGGCCAAUAGGAACGAUUUCUACACGGGUUUCAAGGCAAUGGAAUACGACAGCAUCGGUCUGCCGAACCACCUGCUCGCCCAGUAUUACCAACAGAAGAUCUACAACAUAGUCGACAACGACAACCUUGCCGAGGACGCGUACUUAAAGUGCAACUUUGAGGGCGAAGGCUCCUCGGCCGGCUCGGUGGGCUGCUGCAGCCUCCUGGAGAACGACGGCAAUGACCUCCGCUUCCUGGACGACCUCGACCCCAAGUUCAAAACUCUGGCAGAGCUGUGCUCCGGCCAGGAGAUCCAAGCUAACAUCACGCCGCCACCCACCAAAGUCGUGAUUCCGCCAAAGACGGAACUCCAAAAGCUACCACCAAAAGCGGAUCUACCGCCGAUUCUCCCCGAAGCGGACCUGACCGUGACUCGAGCUUCGAAGCAAAGUAGGACCACCACAAUGGAAAACCAAGGUCAGAUGUUCUUACUCCAGCAAGAGCAGCCCAUCUUCUACACCUCCGCCGCUCCGGUGCAGUACGUCGUCCAACCUCAAGUCCAGAACGCCGUGCUUUUAGCAGAAGCACCUUCUACACAACUCCAAAGCGUGUUUCUAGCAGCACCUGCACAAGGCAUGACGGUGUCCGGCGGACACGCCGAGGAACUCCAGAACGUGGUCAUGGUGGAAACCCAGCUCCCUGUGGAGUCUUUGAAAGUUCUCAAGGGGAGUCAACGAGGUAGAGGAACUUCAAGGAUUUCUGGAGGUCAAAGAGUCCACCUGGUGGAAGGUUCAUCAAGUACUGUCAAGUCCUUCAACAAAACGAGUGGUGAAACCAGGACUCCAGGACCUCAGGUGGCUUCUUCCAGAGUCCCAACGUACCGGAAAGUGGCCGUGAGGGAGACGCGCGAAUAAGAGAUUCUGUUUGAAGAACGUUACCGGACCUACAUAAACAAACAAAAAAAACUGAUUCAGAAGACGAACUGGGAUGAGAACCGCAGUAGCGUCUUGCUAACCUGAACUGUCCAACAACUUCCUCAGUCAUCUAGCAGGGGUGGGCAACCCUGGUCCUGGAGAGCUGCAAUCUAGCUUGUUUUCCAUGUCUCCCUCCUUUAACACACCUGAAUCAAAUGAUCAGCUCAUCAGCAAGCUCUG